CAGACACGCAUCUUUCUGUAGCUGAUCAUCGCUGAAGCAUCGUUUUGUGUGGAGCCAGAAACAGUGCCAGCGUUUUGCAGCCUGGUGGUUAAAUGAAUCCCAGCCGGAGAUCAGACAGCGGAUGUAGGAGGACAGAAGAAGGACGGGGGUGCUUUCCUGUUCUGGAGUAAACAGCGUUAAGUCUCUGCAUGGAUAAGCAGUGUCAUGUCUUCUCUUCACAGCGCUACAAAUGGAGAAGAGCAUAGACGCAAAAAUAGUCCUUGGAAUUUCCAGUACCUGCUUUCAUCCUUCAGCUGCUUAAGAUCCUGAUGGAAAUCAACACACUGGAUUAUUAUGAAGCUUCAGUCAAGGCAUGGGAUUCAUUGGAUUCAUUUCUCUUGUCUGGAUUUCCAUUAAUGAAUUAAGGAACUGUCUAUAGAUGCCAUUAGUUCAUUGAAUCCAUUCCUCACCCUGAAUGUAAUGUGGAGAGAAGGACAGCAUUUUGGUCAUCUCUUUGGCUCUGAUAACACACACAUUUUCUCCAUCUGUUCAUCAGGAGCAAUGCUUUUCCACACGACGCCUCUGCGUGCAGACGUUCUGGCUUUCUACUGUUUUCAAUCAGGCGUCUGCUGAGGAAUAAACAACAAGACCCGCGACAUGCAUCUUGGACUGGAUGAGAGCAGGGAAUGUCAGUACAAUCAGAUCUGCACCCAUCAUAACUCCUCGUCCAUGGAAACGGCACACGCCAAGAAGAGGAGAGUGAAGAGAAAGUGGCAGGUCUUCCCAGGCCGGAACAAGUUCUACUGCGAUGGGCGGAUCAUGAUGGCAAAGCAGUCCGGCGUGUUCUACCUCACCAUGGUGCUGAUCCUGGUGACCAGUGGGUUGUUCUUUACGUUUGACUGUCCGUUCCUGGCCUCUAACUUGAGCCCGGCCAUUCCAGCCAUCGGUGGUGUGCUCUUCCUCUUCGUUAUGGUCAUGCUGCUCCGUGCGAGCUUCAGCGACCCCGGCGUUCUGCCCCGAGCCACUCCAGACGAGGCAGCCGAUGUAGAAAGACAGAUAGACGCGGCAAACGGAAUGAGUGGUGCGAGCUCACGGCCUCCUCCCAGGACCAGAGAGGUGCUAAUCAACGGCCAAACGGUCAAACUGAAAUACUGCUUCACCUGCAAAAUCUUCAGACCACCAAGAGCCUCGCACUGCAGCCUGUGUGACAACUGCGUGGACCGUUUUGACCACCACUGCCCCUGGGUAGGCAACUGCGUGGGAAAGCGAAACUACCGCUUCUUCUACCUGUUCAUCCUCUCGCUCUCCUUCCUCACCAUCUUUAUCUUCGCCUUCGUCAUCACUCACGUCAUUCUGAGAUCGAACAGGACCGGGUUUCUCAGCGCCCUCAAAGACAGCCCAGCCAGUGUGCUGGAGGUGGUCGUGUGUUUUUUCUCCAUCUGGUCCAUCGUGGGUUUGUCGGGUUUCCACACCUACCUGAUCAGCUCCAACCUGACUACCAACGAGGAUAUUAAAGGUUCAUGGUCAUCCAAACGAAGCAAAGACAACUACAACCCCUACAGCUACGGCAACAUCCUCACCAACUGCUGCGCUGCUCUGUGUAGCCCGUUACCGCCCAGUCUGAUUGACAGGAGAGGUCUUGUAGAAACAGAUGCCCCUCAGCCAGCAGCUCAGUCAAAUGGGACCAACGCAUGUCCUACAACUCAGCUCCAGAGUCAUAUGUGUCACCAAGAUCAGUGCAUCCAGAGCACCAAAUUCGUUUUGCACGCCGCCACCACGCCUCUCCUUCACGCCCAGCCGGUGCUGCUGAGCGGAGGCGCUGUCCUGCAGGUCAAACCGUCAGUGGUUAUGCCGUGCUCGCUUCACCCCUCGCUGCCCUCCUCCACCACCAGUCUAGGCUGUGGGGGUGAGCUUUUGGCUUUACAUGACCCUGAAAGCCUCUGCCACCACCACCAACUCAGCCACGAGGCCUUCGCCAGCCCAGAGGAGAUGCCCUCCCCGGCCAUGGCGCUGCCCUGCGCCGCCCACCUGGUGCAGCUGUACGACCCGGCCAGCCAGGACUCGCUGCACGAGGAUUCGGUACGCGGCCUGGUGAAGCUCAGCUCCGUGUGA